AAGGAUGCGUGUAGCUUACAGAGCUGACGGGCUCCACUUCCUGCACGUGUUGUUCAGCUCAGAGCUCAGACCAGUUUCACUUAUCAGGAAGUCAGACACAGACAGGCUUCGUCUCUGAGAGGUGAAAUGGCGCAGAAAGGAGUUCAGCUGGACCAGGAGAGCUUCUCUUGUUCGAUCUGUCUGGAUCUAUUGAAGGAUCCUGUGACUCUUACCUGUGGACACAGCUACUGCAUGAACUGUAUUAACAGCCACUGGGAUGGAGAGGAUCAGAAACCGGUCUACAGCUGCCCUCAGUGCAGAAAGACCUUCAGACCGAGGCCCAAACUGGAGAAAAGCACCAUGUUAGCAGAACUAGUUGAGCAGCUAAAGAAGACUGGCCUCCAAGCUGCUCCUGCUGACCACUGCUAUGCUGGACCUAAAGAUGUGGCCUGUGAUUUCUGCAGCGGGAGAAAACUGAAAGCCUUCAAGUCCUGUCUGCAGUGUCUGGCCUCGUACUGCAAGCAACACCUCCAGCCUCAUUAUGAAUCACAGAGAUUUAAGAAACACAAGCUGGUGCAGCCCUCCAAAAAGCUGCAGGAGAACAUCUGCUCUCGUCACGAUGAGGUGAUGAAGAUGUUCUGCCGGACCGAUCGGCAGUCUAUCUGUUAUCUAUGCUCUGUGGAGGAACAUAAAGGCCAUGACACGGUCUCAGCUGCAGCAGAAAGGAGCGAAAGGCAGAAAGAGCUGGAGGUGAGUCGACUCAACAUCCAGCAGAGAAUCCAGGACAGAGAGAAAGAUGUGAAGCUGCUUCAACAGGAGCUGGAGGCCAUCAAUCGCUCUGCUGAUAAAGCAGUGCAGGACAGUGAGAAGAUGUUCACUGAUAUGAUCCGUCUCAUGCAGAAAAGAAGAUCUGAGGUGAAGCGGCAGGUCAGAUCCCAGCAGGAAACUGAAGUGAGUGGAGUCAAAGAGGUGGAGGAGAAGCUGAAGCAGGAGAUCAGAGAGCUGAAGAGGAAAGACGCUGAACUGAAGAAACUCUCACACACAGAGGACCACAACCAGUUUCUACACAGCUACCCCUCACUGUCGGCACUCAGCCCGUCUACAUCCAGCAUCCAGAUCCGUCCUCGCCGCGGCUUUGACCACGUGACAGCGGCCGUGUCACGACUCAGAGACAAACUGCAGGACGUUCUGAGAGGCAGAUGGACAGACGUCUCACUGACUGAAGUGGAUGUUUUACUGCCGGCAGCAGAGCCAAAGACCAGAGCUGAGUUCUUACAGUAUUCACGUGAAAUCACUCUGGAUCCAAACACAGAAAACACAUGGCUGUUAUUAUCUGAUGGGAACAGGAAAGUCACAUUAACGGAUCAACAACGCUCUUAUUCUCAUCAUCCAGACAGAUUCAUUAAUUUUGAGCAGGUCCUCAGUCGAGAGAGUCUGACUGGACGUUGUUACUGGGAGGUGGAGUGGAGUGGAUUUGGAGUUUCUGUAGCAGUCUCAUACAAGAACAUCAGGAGAGCAGGGCGGUCAGACAACUGUAAGUUUGCAUUUAAUGACAAAUCCUGGGCAUUACAUUGUGAAGUAGACAAAUAUAACUUUCAAUACAACAAAGUCCAAACUCCCAUCUCAGGUCCUCGGUCCUCCAGAGUGGGAGUGUACCUGGAUCACAGAGCAGGUAUUCUGUCCUUCUACAGCGUCUCUGAAACCAUGACCCUCCUCCACAGAGUCCAGACCAGGUUCACUCAGCCGCUCCACGCUGGAGUUUAUGUUUUUUUUGCAGGCUCUGCUGAGUUCUGUAAACUCAAAUAAUCAGACGUGAUGAAGAGCAGCAGGUAAAACUCCUAGUCUCCCUGUUUGUUAAUAUAAUGUGAUGAUCUUUAUUGUGUAAUUUCUUUGGAUUGCCGCUGCUCCCUAUUUCUGCUCACUGCUCAU